AUGAAUAAUAAUAAAGGGAAUUUUCUAUGGUGCAAUCUACAACUAGAAGCAAAUGAAAAUGGUUAUGGUUUAGGAAAUUAAAUAUUAUAUACAGGAAUGAAACCUCCUAUGAUAGGAGGUGUUGAGGAAAUACCUAAAGAGAAUAUAUAAUAAAAUAGAUCAUGUGAUUUGAAUGACUUUUUUAAACAAUAUAUUUGUUUGUUUACCAAUAUAACUGGAUAUUAGAGAUUAUUGAGUAAUGGAUAAUUGGAAAAAUAAUUUUUGCAUGCAGUAUCUUUAUAGAUUAAAGAAAGAUUGUUCAAAAAGGAAAUAAUUAAAUAGUAUUUCAACUUAAUCGAGGGGAAGUUAUCCAAGAAUAAUAAUAGAAUCAAACAAAAAUAAAAAAUAAAUAAAAAUAAGAGUCAUCUUCUGAUCUUUUUGCAACAUUAAUAUAAUAAGUGAAAAAAGAAUAUAAAGAAGUAUUUUAUUUUUUAUAAAUCAAAGUAAAUAGGUAAUUUAGGAAAGAUAUUACAAUUUAAACAUCCACCUAUAAUUGAUUUAAAUUUUGUACUUGCUUAAUAAUUAAAUGAAAAUGAGAUAAUAUAACCAUAUAUUAAUUAUGAAUUAAUGGAAGAUGAAUUUGAAUUUAUAUCAUAUCAUUUGAGUGAUGCAAAUCCUAUUUAGAUUAUAAAUUCACAUAUUUAAUAAUUAAUAAAAGCUAUAUAAUCAAAUUAAGUAAUAAAUAUUUAUAAAAUUAGAAAUAAAUAUUAUAUUUUAAUGAUAAAACAGUAUUUCCAAUAAAUAAAUAUGCAGAAGUUUAAAAGAUUCAAUUAUUUAAAUCAGACUUUAAAAAUAAUAGAAGAUUAAUUGUAUAUAAGAAUAAAAUUAAUAAUUUAAUUGAUAGUGAAAACAAUAAAAUAUUAAAUGUUCAUCAUUAUUUAAGUCCAAAAGCAUGUAAUUAUAUAUAUAUAUUAAAUUUAUAGUGGAUAAUGGAAAAAGAUAUUUUGUUAGAGGAGAUUAUGUUUUUCAUCAUUAUAUGCAAGAUGGUUUUGAUGAUAAAGGUUGGGGAUGUGCCUAUAGAUCAUUUUAAAGUGUAUUAUCAUGGUUAAUAGAAAAUGGUUAUACAAAUAAAAAAGACAUACCUAAUCAUAAAAGAAUUUAAUAAAUAUUAGUAGAAAUGGGAGAUAAAUAAAUUGAUUUUGUUGGAACAUCAGAAUGGAUUGGAGCCUUUGAAGUAAGUAUGUUAAUUACACAUCUUACUGGAGUUGAAUGCAAAAUAUUAAAUGUAUCAAAGGGUACAGAUGUUGUGUCUAAAUUACCUGAAUUUAAAAGUUAUUUUGAAAAUUAUGGAGCACCAAUUAUGUUUGGUGGUGGUCUUUAUGCAUAUACUUUAUUAGGAAUUGAUUAUAAUGAUGAUGAUUGUAGAUUCUUAAUAUUAGAUCCACAUUAUACAGCUAAUGAUACCAUUAAAUCAAUAAUUGAAAAAUAAGGAGUGAGUUGGAGAAAGGCAGAUAUGUUUGAAGAAAAACAUUUUUAUAACUUUUGCAUGCCUUUAAUAUAAUGAAAAC